CCUUCAUCUGCGCUCCUUUGUCUGGCGCCUUCAUAAAGUUCUAACCCUAACUGCUCUCACUCACUCUCUCUCACUACCUUUUCCCUUCGCUUUGUGGACUCGGCCACUUCGAGUGGUCUCUUUCCCCCUAUCCCCUCUGCUCAUUUCAAGCAAAUCAGCCCACUGACCUACAUUCAAUGAAUGGCUGAUUAGUUGGAAUGUAAUCUGAAAGCAUUUUAGGUACGAUAGAUUCCUUUCUUGGAUCAAUGCCGGCAAAGAUCUCCGCUUUUGAUUUGCUGUGAUCUGAUUUUCUAUCUCAGAGGCCUCGCCCUCGGUUGCUUCAUCGCUUCACUUGCGACUACUAAAGUGACCAAGUGUGUGUGUGUGUGAGAGAGAGAGAGAGAGAGAGCUUUUGCUCGGCAGUGUCCCUGGCGUCCAAGUGUUGUGAUUUAUAUUCACAGUUUGUGGGUAAACUCAAAUGGAUUCUGGAUCAGCGAAAAUGGGGUCUGCAGAGUUUGGGUGUAAAAUCUUAUUGAUAUUUAGCCUUUUGAUUGCUGGAAGGGCAGAGAUUUACAUAGUAACAGUUGAAGGAGAGCCCGUCAUCAGUUAUAGAGGCGGCGUUGAUGGCUUUGAAGCCACCGCCGUGGAGUCCGACGAGAAGAUUGAUGCUACCAGUGAAGCUGUGACUUCUUACUCCCGUCAUCUAGAAAAGAAACACGACAUGCUUCUAGGAAUGCUGUUUGACCGCGGGACCUACAAGAAACUUUAUAGCUAUCGGCAUCUCAUUAAUGGCUUUGCAGUUCAUAUUUCUCCCGAACAGGCAGAAAUUCUUAGACGAGCCCCUGGUGUUAGAUCUGUUGAAAGAGAUUGGAAGGUGAAGAGACUUACAACACAUACGCCUCAAUUUUUGGGGCUUCCAACUGGAGUAUGGCCAACAGGAGGUGGCUUUGACAGAGCUGGAGAGGACAUUGUAAUAGGAUUUGUGGACUCGGGGAUUUAUCCCCACCACCCAAGCUUUGCAACCCACAAUACUGAACCAUAUGGACCUAUUCCAAAGUACAGAGGAAAAUGUGAAGUUGAUCCUGACACCAAACACAAAUUCUGUAAUGGAAAGAUUAUAGGAGCCCAACACUUUGCAGAAGCUGCAAUUGCAGCUGGCGUAUUUAAUCCUGCAGUUGAUUUUGCUUCUCCCCUCGAUGGAGAUGGACAUGGGAGUCAUAUAGCAGCCAUUGCAGCUGGUAAUAAUGGGAUUCCUGUGAGAAUGCAUGGAUUUGAAUUUGGGAGAGCAAGUGGAAUGGCUCCUCGGGCCAGAAUUGCUGUGUACAAGGCACUAUACAGGCUUUUUGGAGGGUUUGUUGCAGAUGUGGUUGCAGCUAUUGAGCAGGCCGUUCAUGAUGGAGUGGACAUUCUCAAUCUCUCUGUGGGGCCAAACAGUCCCCCAGCAACCACAAAGACCACAUUUUUAAAUCCUUUUGAUGCUACGCUUCUUUCGGCUGUGAAGGCUGGAGUUUUUGUUGCACAGGCAGCUGGGAAUGGAGGCCCUUUUCCAAAGACCUUAGUGUCAUAUAGUCCAUGGAUAACAUCUGUAGCUGCUGCAGUUGACGAUCGCAGAUACAAAAACCACCUGACCAUGGGAAAUGGGAAAAUUUUGCCAGGAAUUGGAUUGUCCCCUGCUACGCAUGCAAAUCAAACAUUCACUAUGGUUGCUGCUAAUGAUGUUCUGCUGGAUACUUCAGUUAUGAAGUACAGUCCUUCGGACUGCCAGAGGCCAGAAGUUCUAAACAAGCAUUUGGUGGAAGGAAACAUUCUUGUUUGUGGUUAUUCCUUUAAUUUUGUUGUUGGUUCUGCAUCAAUCAAGAAAGUAUCACAAACAGCCAAGAGCCUUGGUGCAAUUGGAUUUGUUCUGGCUGUAGAAAAUGUUUCUCCAGGAACAAAGUUUGAUCCCGUCCCUGUUGGAAUUCCUGGUAUUCUCAUCACAGAUGUUAGCAAGUCCAUGGACCUUAUAGCUUAUUACAACAGCUCCACAUCAAGGGAUUGGACUGGACGUGUGAAGAGCUUCAAAGCAACAGGUGGCAUUGGGGAUGGUUUGAAGCCUACACUGCACAAAUCAGCACCUCAAGUUGCAUUGUUCUCUGCCAGGGGGCCCAACAUAAAGGACUACAAUUUUGAAGAGGCAGAUCUUCUCAAACCAGAUAUUCUGGCUCCUGGUUCUCUAAUUUGGGCUGCUUGGGCUCCAAAUGGAACAGACGAGGCUAAUUACAUUGGAGAAGGAUUUGCUGUGAUAUCUGGCACUAGCAUGGCUGCACCUCAUAUUGCAGGGAUAGCUGCUCUUGUAAAGCAGAAGCAUCCUCAUUGGAGUCCUGCUGCCAUCAAAUCAGCCUUGAUGACAACAACAACAACACUGGACAGAGCAGAGAGACCACUUCAAGCUCAACAGUAUUCUGGGUCCGAAACCCUGACUCUAGUCACAGCUACACCUUUUGAUUACGGGAGUGGCCAUGUCAAUCCCAAAGCUGCUCUAGAUCCUGGACUCAUCUUUGAUGCAGGUUACGAGGAUUAUCUGGGUUUCUUAUGCACUGUACCGGGAAUCAAUUCUCAUGAGAUAAAGAACUACACAAAUUCGCCAUGCAACUACACCCUCGCCCACCCAGUUAACCUCAACACACCCUCAAUCACAAUCUCCCACCUUGUCGGAACUCAAACUAUUACACGCACGGUAACAAAUGUUGCGGAGGAAGAAACCUACGUCAUCACAGCAAGAAUGGCACCGGCAGUCGCCAUUGAGACAAGUCCUCCAGCGAUGACUUUAAGGCCUGGCGCGUCCAGGAAAUUCACCGUGACACUCACGGUGCGGUCCGUCACAGGAACAUACAGUUUUGGACAGGUUUUGCUGAAAGGAAGCAGAGGGCACAAAGUCAGAAUCCCUGUGGUGGCCAUGGGAUAUGAUCGGUAGCGUGGGGUUUGUGUCUGUGUAAUCUAGAUUGAGUGUCAUGAUAUGAUGAUAUUCUUUGUUAUAUGUGGGAAUAAGAUAAUAUAUAUAUAUAUAUAGAGAGAGAGAGAGAGAGAGAGAGAGCUAGAGGUAAUGGUCUACAUAUUUAUAUAUAUAUAUAUAUUAUGUUGUAAAGAUAUCUUAAUUAGUACAAGGAGGGGAGACUCCUAUUUUCUUCCACUCAUGUAAGCUUUGGUGAGUUUGCUUCUAUAAGUAGGGGUGGGAUGCCUUGUGUUCCCCUUGACAAUGCUUGAAGUAGGCCUGGUUCUUGGAUUUGUAUCUGAUCUGGAAGAGGAAGCUUGUGAGUUAGGCAGCAGGGUUUCACUGUCAUGUACCUCUUAAUCUUCUACUGUUGUAUUCUUCACUCUUGUUCUUGUAAUGAUGAUAUAUGUUGGUAGUUUGCCACAAUUUGUUCUUUUGUGAUGAAUUGAAUUCUUUUCCCAA